GUUUGAGAGCAAUACAAGAAUUCCGUGUUGGGAAUACAUUAGGCCCCUGAUACAUGAAGUGAUAUAGCUUCAUAAUGUAAUAUAUUGUUCCCUGUCUUCUGCAGUUUGUUGUAAUGUGAUACAAAUGCUGUUGAGCCAUUAACUCCAUUUGAACCCCACGUAUUGAACCUGCUCACUGACUUUCAGACUCUGACACAGAUCACAUGGAAUGGUUAAUCACUGAAGUACAAACAGAGAUCACUCCCGUGCUUACUCAAGAAGUAAGUUUUACUGUUGGUCUCCGAAAGACCCUGCAUUGUAUGUGGCAUUAACCAUUCCAGACAUACUUAGCUGUUGUUCUCCAUUUUACUGUGAGACGGUGUGAGAUGAAAUUGAAUUUCAGUCAGAACUUCACCAGGGGAUUUGAUCUUUAAUUACACAAGUCUCCUGCAUGUUUCCACAUUUCAGAGGUUUUCUUCAGCCUUUUGUCUUGCUCCCUCUGCUCUCUAAUCUGAGUCAUUAGGAAGCAGAGCUGGUAGUGCCCCGAGGCACAAAAAUAGACUCCUACUAAAACUUCACUGACUGAUGACUAAUCUAUAUUUCGAUACUGCACUGUCCAAGUUCUUCCUCUGCCCUCCCCUUCAUCUGCUGCAGACUAUCAAGGUUGAUUGCUCUUCAAAAAGCUUGCGCCAUGGGAAGUGGAUCCCGCUGGAUAUUCGACAGUUCAAACAUGCAAGUACGAAUGAGAACUGGAAGUUCCAGCUGUCGCGGUUGCUUCAUCUGUGCUGGGCCCAGGUGUGUUUGUUUUUCAACUGCAAUUAGUCAUGCAGGUCUGAACAGCAGAAUCAGUCCACCCAGAUGCCUUUGAAUGUGGGAUGGAAUCAGACAGAUAAGGGUGCUGUGUCAGCACAUUUUUCACUGUCCCCAAGCUGUACUGAAAUCCAGUGGAAAACCACUGUGUAGUGUGACACCUCUGCUUUAGUGCAGAACUCUGAAAAGCAAAAGUUAGCAUAAAAGCUUUUCAUUUCAAUGUUGUUGGUUUCUUUCAAGCCUGCAAAUGUUGUACCUCAUUAGCAUUGGUCAGAAUUCAGAAAUGAUCAGCUGAAUGUGAAUUUGGUUUACGUGAGCAAAGCUGGCUGCCUUCAGUAUGCAGCAAGUGUUUUCCUGUCUGGAGAGAUCUCAUUUUAUGUUUUUGUUUUUUUGUCUUUCUCUUCUCGGUCUGUUCUCCAUCACCCGUUUGCUCAGUUUCUCUCGUCUUUUGCUGAUGUUGCACAGAUACUGUGGGUAUCCAGAGAGAUUGAUCAAGUCUGCUGCAGUGUGUAAAUCAGUCAAAGGACUGAACUAAGAAACUUGAACAGGGCAUCGCAGUCUUUUAUGCAUCCCAGCUAUCAGUGUGAUGGUGUCAGGCAGAUAAAAUAAGUAAUCUUUAAGAGUGGUGAUCAUUUUAGCUUUUUUCCUUGUCCAGACCCCAGUUCUCUGCAAAUUCUCUGCAAAACUUCUCUGUUUUAUUUCAUUUUAUAUGUAUGAAAUCCAGUCAAUCUAAUUGAUUUGCCUGAAUUAGAAACAAAAAGAAAACCACACUGGUGAAUAAAGCACCGCAUUGACAAUGAAUACGUGUGGUUAUAAGGGCCAGCUUUGUUGAUUGCACCCUUGAUAAAUGAAAGUUAAUACAGAAAUGCAUACAUUUAAAAAAAUAAAUAAAUGUAUGCGUCUUUGAUGAAAAAUAUUUAAUGAAAUGGCCGACAGAAGGUCAGAAUAGUACAGACACAGGUGAUCUGUUUUAUGCUCUUAGUUUUGUUGUCCACACUGGAGGUGUCAAUUUGAUUUGAACACUUAAUUGAACAGGCGUAAAACUAAAGGAUUUUGAUUUCUAUCUUUCAUCUAAGUCCACAAUAUCUCUUCCAGCACUUUUGUUCGUGCAGGUGUCUCGCAUGGCGUGUAUGUACAGUACGUAGGCUGCAUAUGUGAGCAGUGUGAUGUAUGCAGUGAAGAAGCUCCACCAGCUGAGCUGCUGUCAGAGGCGCUGUCCGUGGUGCUGCAGCCCUGCGCCUCUGAGAGCCCCUGAGUGGAGGAGGGGUACUGUACUCUGUAGCUCACUGCAUGUCAAAUUAAAAAACAAAACGCUCCCAUGUAACAGUGUGUCACUUUCUGGCGUCUCAGACACACGGUUAGGCUUCACAAAGGAGUUUGUCACAUGAUGCCUUUGAUUCCGACACACACACAUUGCGAAAUAAGCGAAGACCCCGAGUCCAGGUGUGUCAGAAACGGCAACAAAACGCUCAUGUGUGUGUGUGUAACUGACGUCACUUGAAUUUUAUUUUUCCUGAUAAUGCAAACUAUAUUUCUAUAAAUCCCGCGUGUAUCCAAAAGCAGCCGUAAUAUUUGGUUUGAGUGGUUUCUUCAAAUGAACAUUACGCAUGAAACGUUAAGAUUACCGGAUUAUUUGCGGCAUCCACAGGCAGCCUAAUAAUGCCGUAUUGUUUCUGUGUGUGGUCUAUGGCUGUUUAACCAACAGUUACCCGCUCGAGCUCUGACUAAAUAAAUAAUGAAAGUGGACGGAGGGGAGCUGCAGCUGAUUUGCUGAUGUCAGGGAGCUCAGUGCAGCAUUUCAUGGUGCAGGGUGUAAACGCGCGGUGCCAUCUGCCUCGAUCGGUGCUCUCAGCAAACCUCACACAUGCAAGCCCGGCAAGAAAGAUGCUGCCAACUCUCAAGAUUUGGGCAUUGUUUUCUGUGUCGCUUUGCUUCCUGUCUCAGCCGGGUCAUUUGAAGAAGGCUUCCCGAUGUCCUCAAACAUGCAGCUGCUCCAGGGAGUCUAUCAUUUGCGUCGGGUCCUCUUCUGUCCCAAGGAUUACCCCCAACGACAUCAGUUCUUUGAGUAUCGUCAAUGGGACUUUCUCCGAGGUCAAAGAGGCAAUGUUUUCUCACAUGCCAUCCCUGCAGCUAGUGCUUUUAAAUUCCAAUUCUCUCACAACUGUAAGGGAUGAUGCAUUCUCAGGCCUUCCGCACCUGGAGUAUUUGUUCAUCGAGAGUAAUAAGUUAGAGACUGCAUCCAAAUAUGCCUUCAGAGGUCUCAGGGACCUGACUCACUUGUCUUUGGCAAACAACAACAUUAAAGCUUUGCCCAGGGACCUCUUCAUUGAUUUGGACUCACUGAUAGAGCUGGACCUGAGAGGCAAUGCUUUUGAGUGUGACUGUCGUGCCAAAUGGCUGAUGAUGUGGCUGAAGAACACCAAUGCCACAGUGUCGGAUGUCAUGUGUGCCGGACCGGAGGACAUGAAGGACAAGCGCCUCAAUGAUCUGACCAGCCUGCACAAUGAAUGCAUCUCAACUGAUUUCAUCCUCCAUCAGUACGUGGCAUCUGAGUCUCUGUCUGUUGACACAUUCAGCUAUAAGAAUGAUGUCUAUGUGACUAUUGCUGCUCCCAGCACAGACAGCUGCAUGGUUUUCCAAUGGGACCACAUAGAAAUGAACUUCAGGACUUAUGAUAACAUCACAGGUCAGUCCAUUGUAGGAUGCAAGUCAGUUGUCAUCCAGGACCAGGUGUUCGUCAUUGUGGCUCAGCUCUUUGGUGGUUCUCACAUCUACAAGUUUGACGAGGACCAAAGCAGGUUCAGCAAGUUCCAGGACAUUGAGGUGUCCAAGAUCUCCAAGCCAAAUGACAUUGAGGCAUUCCAGAUUGGUUCUGACUGGUUCUUUGUGAUUGCUGACAGCUCAAAAGCAGGCCUGUCCACCCUUUACAAAUGGAACGAUAAGGGUUUUUAUUCAUAUCAGUCACUGCAUGAGUGGUAUCGCGACACAGAUGCAGAGUUCUUGGACUUGGAUGGGAAGGCCCACCUAAUCUUGGCAAGCCGCUCGCAGGUUCCUGUGAUCUACCAGUGGAGCCGCAGCAAUCAGAAGUUUGCCCUGCAGGCCGAGAUCCCCAACAUGGAGGAUGUUGUGGCUGUAAAGCACUUCCGGAUCAAGGAGGAACUUUACCUGGCCAUGACACGUUAUAUUGGCGACUCCAAAGUUCUACGUUGGGGUACCAAGCAGUUUGCAGAGGUUCAGGCCUUGCCCUCACGAGGCUCCAUGAUUCUCCAGCCAUUCUCUUUCAAAGAGCGUUACUACCUGGCACUGGGAAGCGAUUACACAUUCUCGCAGAUCUAUAUGUGGGAUGAUGAAAAGAAACUCUUUGACCGCUUCAAGGAGGUGUACAUCCAGGCACCGCGCUCCUUCACUGUGGUUUCCACUGACCGGAGAGACUUCAUCUUCACUUCUAGCUUCAAGGGAAACACGCAGAUCUUUGAGCACAUCAUCAUUGACUUGAGCUUGUGAGGGGCUGUGCCUUAUAUCCCGUCCUGCAAUCGAACGUCUUCCACUAAAAAGAUUUAAUGAACUGGUAAAUAUUGAUGCUACAUAGAUAUCUGUCACAACAAAAGAGCUGGGUCAAGUAGUGUUUGGAAUCCUUUUAGUUUUUUUAAGGUGUCUUGAAUAUUUCUCAAUGACCUUGUCCAAUUUUAUGUUCUCAUGGCCUCUCAGACUUUCAGAGAUACUACCAUGCCACAGAAAGUGAGAGCGAGAGUUAAGAGGGAUGACAGUUGUGUAACACAGCUGGCACUAAUUAUCCAGUACUAAUAAUCCAGCUGAAAUUCUUGAAGGUGGAAAGAUCUGAAAUAUAAUAAAUCUAUUUGGAUGUGUAGAUUAUGCUUUAAAUCCCCAUCCCCCUAAUGGUUUAUACCCCCCAAAAUACAUGCCAGGACUUAAGAGAAAGAUAAUUUUACUACUGAGGAUGUAACAGAUGUGGUUGCCACUUACCUCAUGUCCUUUUACCCCGUGGUAAUGUACAGUUUGUUGCCUUAUCAGCACUGGUGUUCUCUGUUCUGCAGGACCCACAGUGCCUCCCUCUGGCUGUGAUCAAGUAUCACACCCCUUUGCUUUUCAUACAGGGAAUGUCUUGAAAGCACAAACCUUUAAUGAUCAUAGCUGAGACCCCAGCCCUUAGAUUGUAGUUGUUAAGUGAAAAAUGUUACUGUAGGUGCUAUAGAUUAUAUUGCAUAGAAUGAAAAAUGAAGAAGUCUUUUGUUGUUUUAGGAAGUGAAAUAUUCAGGACAGGAUAUAGCUAAUGCCUUUUAGACAGAAUGGAAAAUCCCCUUUUACCAGUAGGUGACCCUUUAGUUCAAUGUUUCAAAGCAGAUAGGAGCUCUUUUUAGUCAUUUAGUGGAAUGGAGAUGUGUUUAGGUGAUGUCAGGGAAAUUAAAACCUACUUACUAGUUUGAAAACAUAUCCACUACUGUUAGACUGCUGACAUAAUUUGACUACAAAAGGCUCCUCACAACAGAAGUCAGUCAACUGGGGUCGUAAUUCUUUUGUUCAAAAUUAGAGGAAACAAAAUCUUUAUGUAAAUAUAUUCACUCAAGCUGAGCAGCUUUUUCAGUCUGUGUUUGAAAAUACUGAAAGUUGACUUUGAAGCUACAAAAUGUACAUAAAACAAGUAUUGCAAUGCCACUACCUGUUUGUCAUACAAAAGUCUGAACUGAUCUUUGCACUUAUUUAAAAAAAAGAUGUUAUUGCAACUUGCAAGAGCAUGACAUUCAAAAAAGGGUGUUUGCCAAAUUCUUUUUCGAUGAACCUAUAAUAAACCUGGAAGUCUAAAAGUGCUUCUGCUCAUUAAGCGAAUGGUAUUGCAAAUAAAAUACUUAAUGGAAUAUGCAAGCUUUACAACAUGCAGAUUCUUUUGUAUGAUUUUGUUUUACGCAUAUUGAAUGUUACUCUCAAAAUAUACUGUAAAUUUAGUCAGCUGAGUGUCAAAAUAAAUGUGUUAAAGUAUGAUUGUAAAAUGUGUUUUACCAUUCACUGAUCAUUAUAGCACUGGCAAAGUGAGUGACAGAUCCUUUUCUCUUCUAAGAGAAAUCUUUAACUAUUUGGGGAAAAAAGGAAUUCAGGAUCUUUAAGCUGUGAUAAUCUCACUUUGCCGAAGGUAACAGCCUUCUCCACACUAUGUUUCAGAUGGGUGUAACAUAGAGCUUACUAGCUUACCCAGACUGGAUGUUUCACUUAUGAUAACUAAAGAUGAUUAGAUGAGAUAUCAGAUGAGAUAUCUAUCUCAUAUCUUCUCACAUUUUGGCUAUGGUGACUGGAAAGCCAAUAAAAAUGAAAGUGGUAUUUCAACUCAUUCCUUGUGGAAAUCCAAUCUUUCAAGUCUCUUCAAGUCUGUCUGUAUCACCUGAACUGAGGUGGACCAGGUGGACAGUUUUAGGUUACUGGGAAUCAACGUGGUAGACAAGAAAGCUCAAAUAUGAUUGUACUUUUUGAAAACUUGAGCUGACAAAAUUCACAUGGCCAGUUUGUGUGUUAACUUUUCCAGAGGAGCAACAGAAAGCAUCCUGACAUGAAACAUCACAAAUUGGAACUGGAAAUGCAAGGCCUAAGACAGGUGGGCUCUACAGUGGGUGCACACCACACAGAACUGUUACCCAAAUAACAAGCAUCUGUGAUAUCGGUGAGUUGAGGUGCCUCCACAGAACCCAAAGAACAGGGCCUAUUGAAAGACAGCAUCCAUUCCAGUCACAGCCUGUUCCUCCUGCUGCCAUCUGGCAACCAAUACAGAAGUAUUUAUUGCUGUGUCACUACAGAGCGGGUACCAGUACUUCUAUC